UUGCAGUAGUAGUUUAUUUCAGAGACUAACUGAUCACCCAGCUUCACACGCGGAGACAGACACACACACGCACACACACAGACGCACACCGGUCAUAGCGUUGCUUUUUCAAAGAGUGGUCAACAUGCAGUAUGAAUUUGACCUGAACUUCGACAUGUUUGAGAACAAUACAGACAACAUCUCAGAGGAGUCUGGAGACUUCGAUAUGGAUUUGCAGGAGCCAUGUGACACUGCUCUGAGCAGCGAAUUCAACAAGAUCUUCCUACCUACAGUUUACGGAAUAAUAUUUAUUCUGGGAAUCAUUGGCAAUGGAUUAGUCGUUGUUGUCAUGGGCUACCAGAAAAAGGUCAAAACUAUGACAGACAAGUACCGGCUCCAUCUCUCUGUGGCUGACCUCCUGUUUGUCCUCACGCUGCCCUUCUGGGCCGUGGAUGCGGCCAAAACCUGGUACUUCGGAAGUUUCCUCUGUGUGUCUGUGCACAUGAUCUACACAGUCAACCUGUACAGCAGCGUGUUGAUCCUGGCCUUCAUCAGUCUAGACAGGUACUUGGCAGUCGUGCGGGCCACUAACAGCAAUGCCACAAGGAAGCUGCUUGCGAGCAAAGUGAUCUAUGUGGGUGUGUGGCUGCCUGCAGUCAUACUGACUGUACCUGACAUGGUGUUUGCCAGGGAGCAAAAAGGAGGGUCUUCAAACAUGCUCUUCCUAGAUGAAAGCAUGGAGACUACAGAGUCCAGGACCAUCUGCCAGCGCAUCUAUCCACAGAAAACCAGUCUCAUAUGGACAGUGGUUUUCCGCUUCCAGCACAUCCUGGUAGGCUUCAUACUGCCCGGCCUGGUCAUCCUCAUCUGCUACUGCAUCAUCAUCGCCAAGCUGUCGCAAGGCGCCAAGGGUCAGGCGCUGAAGAAGAAAGCGCUGAAGACCACGGUCAUCCUCAUCCUGUGUUUUUUCUCCUGCUGGCUGCCCUACUGUAUCGGCCUCUUUUUGGACACUCUCAUAAUGCUGAACGUGGUCCCUUCCUCUUGUCAAUUGCAACAAGCGGUGGAGAAGUGGAUUGCUAUCACUGAGGCGCUGGCCUAUUUUCACUGCUGCCUAAACCCCAUCCUGUAUGCCUUCCUGGGAGUUAAGUUUAAGAAAACAGCCAGGAGUGCACUGACAGCCAGCAGCAGAUCCAGUCAGAAAGUGACUCUUAUGACUAAAAAACGAGGGCCGAUCUCAUCCGUGUCAACUGAGUCUGAGUCAUCAAGUGUUUUGUCGAGUUAACAAACACAAGAGUCUGUGACUUGAUACUCUCAGGAGAGAAAAUAACUAAGCUUUAAUUUUAAAGAACUUACUACAUUUUGUACAGAUGUAAAAACAGAUUUUUUUUUUUUUUUUUUUUAUACUUUUUGAUUUGUUUGCCUUGUGUUCUGCAAGUGUGUGUAUUGUGAGGGUUUUAAUUGCAAGUUGUAAAUUGUACGUUUUAUGUUCCACAAAGCCGAUUGUAUCCUCAGGCAGUGCCUCAUUUCCAUCCAUUCAGCUUUACAAUCAAAGUCCAUUUUCCCUGUUUUCAUCUUUACCACAAGUAUUGCUGUAUCAAAGCUCAGGCGUACAAGUGCCCGUGUCUGUUUUCAGGGAUGGUCGCUGCUUUUGGAAACCUGUACAUAGUUCUGUAGCAUUUGUGUGUUCGCACUUAAGUUGUGUGAUUAUCUGAAAGCUAUUAUUUAUUGCUGUCUUAUCACUGGAAGUUUUGUAAAAGAAAGAAACUGCAUGCUGCUUUUUUUACCAUUUGAAUUUUUUGUGUUGUUUUUGUGUGUAAAAAUAAAAGAUUCAGUGCUUAACAUAA